UCCCAACAUUUACCAAACUCAAGUGUGCUCUGUUCCUCAAGGGCAAAAUGAAUACCAAGUGGAAAUAAAUGUAUGGCAGCAAUGACAGCAUCAUGAGUGUUGACGAAGAUGCCCGGUGGCUAGACUGGGUCACAAAGCAGUUUGAGAGCAUUGCUGGAGAUGACAAAGAAAUUGACCUGGAGGAGUUUAAAACAGCCUUAAAAGUGAAAGAGUCUUUCUUUGCAGAACGUUUCUUCGCAUUAUUUGACUCGGAUGGAAGCGGUUCCAUUAGCCUGGAUGAGCUUCUCAAGGCUUUGAACCUCCUCAUUCAUGGGAGUGAGACAGACAAGCUUCACUUCCUUUUCCAGGUCUAUGAUGUUGAUGGCAGUGGCUCCAUUGACCCUGAUGAACUACGAACAGUCCUCAAAUCUUGUUUAAGGGAGAGUGCUAUCUCUUUGCCAGAGGAAAAGCUAGAUGACUUGACCCUAGCCCUCUUUGAAUCUGCUGACAGAGACAACAGUGGCUCUAUUACAUUUGAGGAGCUAAAAGCAGAACUAGAAAAGUUUCCUGAAGUCAUGGAAAAUCUCACAAUAAGUGCUGCCAAUUGGCUGAAACCUCCGAAUAUAGACAAGAAGAGACAGACUCCACGCUACCUGACGCCAGCAUAUUGGCACAAUAACAGUCGCAAGCUUCUCUUCCUCUGCUGCUAUGUAUGCCUCAACAUCCUGCUCUUCACACUUGCAGCACUGAAGCACACUGCCUAUGGGAUUUGGAUCAUGAUAGCUAAGGGCUGUGGUCAAUGCUUGAACUUCAACUGCGCCCUGGUUGUAGUCCUGAUGCUGCGGAGGUGCCUAACGUGGCUCAGAGCAACAUGGGUAGUGAGGAUAUUGCCUUUAGAUCAGUACGUGAUACUCCACCAAUUGGUGGGUUAUGCCAUCUUUGGAUUUACAGUGGUCCAUACAGCUGCUCAUGUAACAAACUUUGUGGUCCUGACUAAGAACCCAAUGAGCUUCCAUUUCUGGGAAUACCUUCUGACCACCAGACCAGGUAUUGGCUGGAUCAGUGGCACUGCAUCUAUCACCGGGGUCAUCCUGCAGCUCCUCAUCAUUCUGAUGCUUGUCUGCUCAAGCACAUUUGUACGCCGGAGUGGCCACUUUGAGAUAUUUUACUGGACACACCUGUCUUACAUAUGGGUUUGGCUCCUGCUCAUAUUGCACUGUCCCAACUUCUGGAAGUGGUUUGUUGUCCCUGGAGUGAUUUUCUUACUGGAAAAAAUUGUAGGCUUGGCUGUGUCUCGGAUUGGAGGCCUUUAUAUUGUUGAAGUCAAUCUGUUGCCCUCUAAGGUAACCCAUCUUGUUAUAAAAAGGCCACAGUUUUUUCACUUUAAACCUGGAGAUUAUGUUUAUAUAAACAUCCCAGUGAUUGCCAAGUAUGAAUGGCACCCAUUUACCAUCAGCAGUGCACCUGAGCAGCAAGACACACUGUGGCUUCAUAUCCGGUCACUCGGCCAGUGGACAAAUAGGCUCUAUGAGCACUUCAGGCGACCACAGGUGAUGAUCUCAGAAACCAAGAGGCUCACGAAGAGCUUACGAAACAAGCCGAAGCAGAGCCAGGUAUCUCUCAAAAUAAAUGAAAAUCAGAGGUUUUGCAAUGUCAAGUGCUAUGUGGAUGGCCCUUAUGGAACCCCAACACGGCGAAUCUUCACAUCAGAACAUGCUGUGCUGAUCGGAGCAGGUAUUGGCAUUACUCCUUUUGCUUCCAUCCUGCAGAGCAUCAUGUAUCGGUAUCGCAUGCGCAAACAAAAUUGUCCCAACUGCAACUAUUCUUGGUGUGAAAACCUCAAGGACCAUGAAAUGAAUUUAAGAAAGGUGGAUUUUAUUUGGAUCAAUCGAGACCAGAAAUCAUUUGAGUGGUUUGUAAGCCUUCUGACCAAACUUGAGAUGGACCAGGCAGAUGAAGAACCUGAAGGUCGAUUCCUUGAGAUGCACAUGUAUAUGACUUCAGCUUUGAGUAAAAAUGACAUGAAAGCCAUUGGCUUACAAAUGGCCCUGGACCUGCUGGCAAAGAAGGAAAAGCGUGAUUCAAUCACAGGCCUGAGAACCCGCACCCAGCCAGGCCGCCCAGACUGGAGCAAGGUAUUUCAUAAAGUGGCUGAAGAAAAAAAGGGCAAAGUGCAUGUGUUCUUCUGUGGAUCACCAGCCCUAGCUAAGGUCAUCAAAGCUCAAUGUGAACAGUUUGGUUUCAAGUUUUAUAAAGAAAACUUCUAA